GGCCUAUUGAACUACCAGAAGUCUUCGACACCGAUCGUGACGUAACCAUGAAUGAAAAUGAAUCAACAAGGGGAUGGCUACGGCAGGGAGGACACAUUCAUAUCUAGACCAUUGUCUCCUCUAUUCCCGGAGGCCCGAUUGUUCGGCCUCCGACACGAAGAGACAGCCAUGAUCGACAGCUUCGGAGAGGAGCAAGAUGUGUGCAGUGAGACGGUGAGCUGGCAUCGAACGAGCAGCGCUCAGAUCUUGCAGGCUGAUUUGUCUCGAGAUGCAAACGUUCUCUGGGAUUCACGAUGACGCCGUUCCUGAUCCUGGACCCGGAGCCAUUCUGUUCGCGCCUGUGCGUGCGCAGAGCAUGUUUGAACUGGCUUCCAUGGGCAUCUGGGAGGGAGAAGUCACUGGCCUGCAAGGUCCGUUCCAAGAGUCGAGCGCGCUGCCGACCGAGGGUCCAACUGUGUUUUACCGAGCCGUAGGCCCACAUCGCAACCAGUAUCCGGGAAUUGAAGUGGAUGACGCACAUGCAGCGAUGUUCACUGCUCCGGUAUAUGUGUCAAAUCGAGAGGUGUCGAUCGAUCUGUGCAGAAAGAGGAGAAUGUGUAUAGUCGACGAAUCACAGGAGGCUACAAAUACCGAACGGAAGAAGAGAUUGAGGAUCGCGACCUGCAAUACUCAAGACGAACUGUCAGCCAUUCAUUCUGCAUAUUCCAUUGCUAAUGCGGAUGACAGCGCAGCUGCUGCUGUAUGGCCAGAAACAGCGCAUGAUAUGGACACAGGCGUCGUCGUUAACUCCAAUCAUGUCGAGCCACCAUCGUCGUCGCGCUUGAGAUGAUGUUCCUUCCAGCAUUCCUGCCCACUUCUUACGAAUUUCAUUGCUGACGAAGGAAGAUGCGCGAGGAGCGACACUGAACGGGUAGCAACAGUGUGGUCAAGCUUGAAAUGUGGACCUAUGAAAGAGGAAUUUCGAGUCAGGGAUAACGUGAAUGACAUGCGAGUGUUGGCGGGGUGCUGAAUAGAGGAUUGAACAAUAAUUGCCGAAGUAGAUUAUAUCCAUCCUGAUAUCUCCCUUUUCUCAAUAUGGAACGUUGCUCGCUUAUUCGUGCGACGAUCAUGAGCACGAGCAACAGAAUGUGGAGAGCAUGGGGCAAAUGUCAAUGAUUGCUGAGGGUGACUU